AUGUAGUAUAUCAAUUUAUUCACAAAGUCAAAAGUAGAAACAAAGAAGACUACUUGUGGUGGAAUAUUAGCCCUUGUUACUAUAUUUUCAGUUGGAUUUCUAAUUAUUGGAGAAAUAAUAAGAUCAUUUUAAUUGGAAGUAUUGUCCACGAUUGAUACCACCAAUGUUGAUGAAAGAAUAAGAGUUAAUUUGAAUAUCACAGUUCAUGAUAUGACAUGUUUUGCCUUAUCAUUGGAUUAGCAAGAUGUUACAGGCACUCAUUUGGAAGAUAUGGAAUACACAAUACAUAAGUUAAGAAUUAGAGAUGGUAGAUUCAUUAAUAAAGAGUAUGCAGAGAAUGUGAAAUUGUUUGAACAAUCAUUGUAUCACUGGAAUUGGCAUAAUGCGAAUGAAGUAAAUGAUUGUUAUGGAGCAUAAUUGUUUGAGGGGCAAAAAUGUAUAACAUGUUAAGAUGUUUUAUUGGCAUAUGCAAGUCGAGAUUGGCCUUUGCCUAGAAAGGAGAGUAUUCAACAAUGCAAAUAUUCUUACAUAUAAUAAAAUGGAAGAAGAGUGUUGUUUACUGAAGAUUUUGGAGAGGAAAGAAGAGGAUAACAAUAUAUAGAUAUGAAUGAUCUAACUGCAAUGGCAUUCACUUACGGAGAAUCAUGUCAAAUCUUUGGGCAUUUCUACAUCAAAAGAAUUCCCGGUAAUUUUCACAUCAGUUUCCAUGGGAAGGGAUAGGCAGUUAGUUUGAUUUCCCAAGACAUUUAACUUUCACAUACUAUCAACUGGUUAGAGUUUACACCCUAAAAGCAAGGACCUACUUUCGGAAGGUAUUUCAAGACUACUAACACUCUGGAUGGUACAACUCACCAGCUGAAAUAAAAAGAGGACACUUAAUAUUAUUUGAAGUUGGUUGAAAGUCAUUAUGAGACUUUGUUCACAGAGGCAGACUUAUACACAUUUACAGCAUAUGAACAGAAUCAGAUUGCUAACAAGUGAAAGGCUACCUUAAAUCAUAUUUAAAUAUGAAUUCGAUCCAAUAACUACAAUUUAUUAGAGCAAAAUAUCAUCUUGGACUCAAUUAGUGGUAGCCAUCUUCGCUGUGAUAGGAGGAGUAUUUUCUACUAGUCAAUUCAUAAAUUCAAUUUUCAGUAGAUUGGGGUUGUGAUAUAUUCUGAAUGAACAUUAAUAUAUAGGAUAGUUAAUAUUUAAUAUUA